GCUGGUGGUGAUGGGAGUUUACACCAGUCAGGUCUUGGAGGCAUGAACUACUCAGGCAACAAGAAGCAGCGGGGCCGACGAGGAGGCAAACAUAGGUCACGUGGCAGUGGCAUCACAGGAACCCAGGUACCUGUGCCCCAAGGAACAACAAAUACAGCUCCAGCUUCUCCAACUGCUUCUGCUGCUACCACUACUUCUUUACCCCAGCCUGCUGCUCCAGUGUGAAGUGUAGGAGUCCUUUCACAAUGCCAGCACCUGCAUCACCGCCGCCACAAGCUUCAGUGACACCAACAAAAACUGUGCCAUUGCCAGUGUAAAGAGUUUAGUAAUGCUCGUAUAUGUACAAUUUAUUUUUCCAUAGUUAAUUUGGAAGCUUAACAUCAUUAAAUAGGAUACCUAGGUGUGUUUCUAACUUCCAGUUUUACUUUCUUAUUUUGUUAAAAAAAAUGUUUGGAUCUAAAAUAUUUAGUAAAAAGAAAUAUGUGAAUGCAAAUAUUUUUUUCUUUUAUUUUCAGUGGUAUGUUCCUGUAAUUUAUAUAGGAAGUUAAUAAAUGCAAAUUUCCUUUGAAAUGGAAGCUUCUAUUUUUAAAUAUUUUUAAAAACUGCAAAGUUUGUUUUAAAUAACUAUCCAAACCGACAUGUCUAACACCAAAUGAACAGAAGGGUAUGGGUGAAAAUUAAGGUGAAUGGCAAAACAUAUACAUAACUUUCAAGAAAAAUGAGGAGAAUGAUAUGUUGAUUGAAUCAUUGAUUUUUUUUUUAUGAUUUCUUAUGGUUGAUCAUAUCCCUUCUUGGUGAUCAGUGAAAAUAAUCAAUGGAAGUUCCAUGACUGACUAGACAGUAUUUCUCACUUUAAUGCUAAGUUUAGAUUUAAAAGAAAGACGUAAAUAUGGUAGUUGGAAAGCUGUGAUAAGGUUUGAUGUAACCAGUAGGAGAUAGGCAAAAUGUCUGAGUGUUUACUUCCUUUUUUUGAUCUGAGGAAACAUCUUGAUAGUAUCAGUUUUUAAUAAAGUCAAGAGCAGUUAAUGGCUUUGCGUACAUUAUAUAUUCAUGUAUUCCUCCAAGUUUGUGUGGUACCUUUCUUGAUAGCUUUAGAUACCUCAACUUCAUGGUUGUUAAAUUAUGUAACUAAAUAUAAAAAUAUAUUUUAAAUGUGUUUGUAGUCAUAUCGUUUCCAAAAUUGUAUAUUUUAUUUGCAAUAUAUACAUGUGCAUAAAUUGUU